AUGACUCGCGCACGCAGCACCGUCGACACCGGUGAACCCGAAACACCGGCUAUGGCCUCGUACGACGCGAGUCGACCGCCGACCCCCAAGCCUUCCACAACGCGUCUCUUAACUCCUCCGAGAUCCCCUAGAAACCUCUCGAAUCGGCUUUGGGUCCAGAAACAGCAGCGAAGGGUCUUCUUGGAACAUCUGAAACGAUGGUCUUUGGACCACGACUCGAGCACGUAUUUUCAGGGAAAGAUAAGUCUGCUUCCUCCCGAUCCUGAAAGCCGGGACGAACUUGUGCUGGGUAAAGUUGUGCACUGCGUGCUUACCGACUCGGGAUUUACGGAUAGUAGGAAGAUGGUUUCCAUUAAACUUUUUGGGCCCCAGAUGGUGGAUGGUGAAACCAAAGAAAGAGGAACCAAAAGGCGUACGAAGAGCGAAAAUAUCGAUAUUUCCACCCAUAAACUUGACCUUACGGAGUAUCCAAAAGACACCUCAAGCCCAGUCGAGGACGACGGAAGCUGGCCACCACCCCAAUCCAAAUCUGUCCCGCCAAACAACUACUACCAACUUGUCAUUCGCUGUGGUUCCGGCUGGGUCUCCGCACGCGACUACUUCAAUAAACUCUACUUUACAAACUUACCGGCCAGAGUCUCGAUGCUCCACACGGCGGACUACAUCUUCGGCAAACGGUCUCAAGCCCUCGGACCGCUGCCAUCUCCCAAUGACACCGUCUCAAUUCAGCCCUUGUUCCAGCCUUUUCUCCGGUUGCCUCCAGAGCUUCAAGAGAUGAUACUCAUGUAUGCCACCGGACUAACACGGGACUAUGAUUUGUGCCACGGUGCACUCUCCCGAACAUCUGGGUCAGCCGAACCACCCAUCAGUCUCUCCGGCAUGUUUCGGAUAUCCCCACCCAUCACCGCUACAAUGCUACCUUACAUCUUCCACCGCACAAACUUUCACUUUGGCCUCACAGGAACCACAAACUUCCUCUGGCAAUGCGGACCCGGCAACCGCCGCCACAUCCGACGUCUCGCUUUUCACUUCGGGCACAGUGCACUGCUGCAUUGCAUGAGAUGGUUAUCACCAGAUGAACUAUACGAACUUUUGGAACCCCCACAUCAAAACUACACACAACCCGGUCUACCACGAUUUUGGAGAUGCCAGUUACGAGCGCUUGUGAAGGAAGUACAUCUCCUCGAACUCACGAUUGACGUCAAGGGAAUCCCCCAAUCGGAAAUUGCAAUGAUGGUUAGAAUAGUAGUGGCAGCGUUUGGCAGUGUUGAGCGCGUCAAGAUUAUAGAAACGAGCUUGCGCGGGUCUACCAAAGUGCUUGCGAAGGAUGAUGAGAAACUCGUGGGGUUGGGAGGCGAGUCGUGGAGGGAGAUGAGUAAGGGGUAUGUGGAGAGGUAUAAGAGGCAGUGGCAUAGCUUGCAUCUCAAGAAGGGAUUAGGAGAGAUGAGCAUGGAGGAGUUGGAUGGGCUGAUGGAUAAGAACAAGGAGUUUUUUGAUAGUUGA